CACACACACACACACACACUCUCUCUCCGUGUUCGUGAUCUAUGGAUGAUGGAUGUGAAGGACUGUGGCGGAGUGAUUCUGACUGCGUUUCAUUCAUUCAGGAUCCACGCAGAUGAGCAGAAACACACAGCAGACAACAGUGGAGCUGAGAGACUGAGGCUGAUCUGAGAUCAGGAGAGAGAGAGAGAGACAUCAAUGCUGCCGGACCACAUUCCUCCGGACAGGAACAACUGCAGAAUUCCUGCGUGAGACGCUUCAUUCGUGUCCGGAGGGCCGAGAGAGAGCACACACACCAUCAUGCACAGGAAAGCGACAUAUCAGCGAAUAGGCAGCAUGAGUUUGUCUCCCUCUGCUCCGGAGCGCUGUGUGUCCCGGGAAUCCAUGGAGGACUACUGGAGUGAGAUGAAGAACAUCGAGGAGGAGCGUCAGGAAAGACCGGAGGAGCUGAUGGAGCGGGCCAGCGGGGACGAGGCGGAGCUUGAGGAGGCGUGGCUGCAGGAGGCGGGGCUCUCCACACUGGUGACAGGAACACAGAGUGAUGGUCCGGCGGAGGCUCUUCUCUCCACGCUCACACGCUCACAGGCCGCUAUGGUGAAGAAACGGCUGGAUAACUACACGCAGACGCUGCGCAAGAGGAACAGGCAGCCCAUGAGACACGUGCGAGACGUCUUCUCCACACCCGACGCCCCGUCUGAACUGACGCCUCCGAUUUCUCCAAACGGACAGAUCGCUCCUAAACAGCCGCAGUGGAAUCCACCUAAAGUGCCUCCGUCAUGUCCAGCGGACACUAACGGCUCCAGCAGCGCUUCAGAGACCAUCCUUCUGUCGUUUGACGUGGCGUAUUCAGAAGAAGCUCGAGCUCAUCGGAAAGGCCGUGAAUGCCAAGAUUGCAGGAGGAUCCGUAAAGACGACAGAGAUUUACCGAGAUUCCAGAUCAUGAGGCCCAGACAGGGUGUGACGCUAGUGAGCGAUCUGUCGUCUGAGGACCUCAAGAAGAUCGGCUACAUCUCCCUGAUCGAGCUGACCACCUUCUACGACUUCCUGGGCAUCGAGAUGAAGAGGAGCCGCGUGGUGCGCAGUAAAGCACGAGACAGCGGCAUAUUCGGCGUUCCUCUCACUACGUUGCUGGAAAACGACCAGAAGAAAUACCCCGGUUCCAGAGUUCCUCUGGUUUUCAAGAAGUUGUUGUCUAAACUGGAGCAGACAGGCUUACAGACGGAGGGGAUUCUCAGGGUUCCAGGAUCAGCGUCCAGAGUGAAGCAUCUGCGUCAGGAGCUGGAGCUGAAGUUCUACGAGGAUCGUUUCGACUGGGAUCAGGUGCGUCAGAAUGACGCGGCCGGUCUGUUGAAGAUGUUCAUCCGCGAGCUGCCGUGUCCUCUGCUGACCCAACAGCACCUGCCGGCGUUCACAGCCGCUCAGAGUAUCUCAUCACUCAAACAUCAGAUCCAAGCUCUUCAUCUUCUCAUUUUGCUGCUUCCUGAAGCCAACAGAGACACACUGAAGGCUCUUCUGGAGUUCCUCAGAAAGGUGGUGGCGUACGAGGAGAAGAACCGCAUGAGUCUGUGGAACGUCUCUAUGAUCGUGGCACCGAACCUCUUCACGUUCCGCGGGAAGAACGUCAAGCAGGAGGAGAUGCAUGGUGCGGUCGCUUCGGCCCAGCUCGUGCGGCUCCUCAUUACCCAUCAGGACCUGCUGUGGACGGUCCCGUGUUUUCUGAUCUCCCAGGUCAGGAAAAUGAACGAAGCCGCCACGGGCAAGAAAACACCGACUUCAGAGAAGAGCAAGCUCAGGCUGCUGAAGAGAUGGAACAUGGAUAAGGAGCGCGAGCGCAGUGAAGUCACGGACCUUCGUGACGGCGUCAUCAGAGUUCACGCGCCGCUCCACGCCAAGGUUUCCAUGGCGAUUCAACUGAACGCCGAGAUGAAGGCCAGAGACAUAAUGGCGCGCUUCGACGUCGAGAACGGGCGCGGGUCACGUGGUGCCACUCGAAGACAGAGACAGUAUCUGUUCGAGAUCGGAGGAAACAUCGGCGAGCGCUGCCUGGAUCCAGAAGCACAUUUACUAGACGUUUACCGCGUUAACCCUCACUGUCAAUGGGUGUUAAAGUCACGGCUGACCUGAAGACGUAUGUUUACUGCAGAAGACCAUCAGCUGCUCUGAGGCUCUCGGUCGGAGGUCAGAGGUCAAACAUCCGCCGCUGCGGUUCAAUGCUGGUCAUUGUGUUUGUUUGGUGCCAAAACUGUGAGACCUCCUCGAUCAGAAGCCCUCGUCAGGACGCAUGUUUCAUUGCUUUACACCACUAGCCUGUGUAAAAAAAGAGCAUGUACAUAAUAUUUAUACCACUAAUUUAUCCUGCUGUAUGAUAAUGAUUUUGUAUUGUUUAUAUAUGCUGCAUGUUUGUGAUGAAGCCAUGUGAACCUAAACACUACGAACCCUCACUGAACCCUUGAAGAACACAAGCGCUGCAUAUUUCACCCAGAAAUCACCAGAAUCAAGUCCAUAGAGCUGUUUUUGACAUUUGUGACAUUUCAUGAGAUUAAAAAAAAAUAUGGUGAUUUAAUGAUAUGGGGAAAUUAUUGUUAACUGCUGUAGUUCCUUUAAUUUUUUAGUGAUUUAAAUUUAUUUUUACUGUCAAAAUGACUUACAGAAUCGAGACUAAUGAGAAUCAUAACUAAGCAUAAAUAUUGUUCAUUAAUAUGAAUAUUGAACAUAAAAAGUGCCCUGAUGUAUUACAGUAAUAUAUAGUUUUAUUUUAAGAUUUUUACAGGAAUGUGAGUUUAUGUUUGAAAUGAUUAAGUUUCAUUAAUGUCAUAAAUACAAAAAAACCCAGACUUAAAGCGAAUGCACAAUAAUGUUAGUGAUUUCUGGGUGAAAUCUGAGCUUGACGUGUUCUUGUUCACGGGUCAGUAUUACCUCUAAUGAAACCAGAUGAAUAUUAAUGCCAACAUCAUCAAACGCUGACUGGAUUAAUGAAGGAACGACCUUUGAACUUUUACCUUGUAUCAUGUUCUCAGUGUCUGCCAACAUCAUCAUCAUCAUCGUUCUCUCUUUUUGAUGCUCUGAAUUUGAUUCGAUUUUUUUAUUCUAAAAGCUAUUUUUAUGUACUGAAAUGUUCACCUGUUAAUUAUGAUUUUUUAUUUUUAUAGUAACAGGUUGUUGCUGCUGCCAGAUGGAUUUGUGUUGUUUCCUCAUGAUGUUGGGGUUUUAUUAUACACUGAAGCGUUUGAGUUAUUUAAAGCCAUCAGAACAUUACUCUGUAGCCUUGUUUCAUCAAAACCAACCCGAGUCGGCCGAACGUGAAGUCUCUGAGUAUUAGGAGGAACAUGAGUCCACAUCCUAGACUUCAGGUCAUGACUGUGUCCUGCUGAACUGUGACCAGUCGUGCUGUAAUACUGGGUCAAACACACUAAUCCUAUUAAAAGACAUCAAACCAC